AUGGCGAUGCUUAUCUCCAACAAUUGCAACCAGUUGCCAGUUGCCAGUGAAAAAAGCAUGUCCGUUUGCCUGGACAUGACAGUGGCUAGCCUAUGGGCCAUUGGAGUCGCUUCUUUGGUUAAUUACCAAGAUGUAUGCGUGUCGCGCACAGCAGCCCAAUUAACCCCCAUUAUGGGCGACUGCGCUUCUUUUAUUGGAGCUGCUGAUAAUUUAUUUUCAUGCUGGAAUGGCGAAUGCAUUCCGGAGAGGGCUAAGUGCAAUGGCGUACUGGAUUGUGAAUAUGGCAGCGAUGAGACCUUUCUGGAAUGCUAUAAUAAUACCUGCGACGAGUCUGCCUACUUUCGCUGCAAUUACGGGGGCUGCAUCCUGGACCAGCUAAAAUGCAAUGGAGAGUCCGACUGUUUGGACGGAAGUGACGAGAACAAAUAUUUGUGUGCAGACGAUAAUCAACUUGAUUCCUUACUAAAUGAAUUACGCGGUGAGUGCAGCCCUGCCCACGCCGUCAGCUGUGACAAGAAGUGCCUAAAGUGGAGUCGGGUGUGUAAUGGCCACAACGAUUGUACGGAUAGCUUUGAUGAAUCUGCGGAGCUAUGCACCGUCAGUCAGUGUCCAGCCGAUUCGUUUCGCUGCAAGAAUGGCGCCUGCAUCAAUGCCGGUUCCUUUUGUAAUCAUGUGCUCGACUGUGCCGAUGGCAGCGAUGAGAUACCCUCUAUAUGCCGCAAACUUGGUGAAAUGGUGGCCAAGAUGGACACAUGCCCACAACUAUUAAGCGAACAGUUGCCACAGUCGACACCGACUAAGGAAGAGUCUAGUGUAUGGCAGACGGACACCUGUUCGCUGGAAACAAGUGAGGGCAGACUUGUAAGGGAUUACUUCUCGGGCUUUGAGUUUGGCCCAGCUGACGGAGUGCCAGGCGGCAGCAUCGUGGAAGUGAGCUGUAAUGAGGGCUAUGUGAAUUUCGGCUCGACCAUCAAUAGAUGCAUGAAGAGCCAGUGGCAUCACGAGGGUUUCGGCUGUAUGCGCCUGUGCAGCCAAAAGGAUGAUAUAGCCAAGGCACACUUUGCGACGCAGUGCAUCCACGAUGGCCAUUUGGUGAACUGUCAAAGUGAUUCGCAAUUAUUCGGCACAGAAUUGAUUGUAACCUGCGCAGACGGCUAUAAAAGUGCGCUGGUAACUAGUAAACCAGGUGAACAUAGCUGCAAUGAGAUGGGCACCUGGACAACUAUGGUAAGCAAUCCCGAAUGUGAGCCUAUCUGUGGCAUUAAGUCGGCACAACAUCCUCAACUUUUCCCAUGGACUGUGAGCAUAUUUCAAAGAAACUCAAACAACGCAGCAAUCUAUGACUUUAGAUGUGCGGGCACCAUUGUCUCCGCCCAAUUCGUAAUUACAGCAGCAGCCUGUUUCACCGAUCAAUUAAAUAGUACGGAGCAACAACUGAACUACAACAUUGUUCAGGGAAAUCAUAGCAUCAGCUACAGCCUGAACGAAGAUCAUGGCUAUGUUCUACACAACAUCAAAAAUAUACACACGUUGGCCGUAAAUUCGGCCAAAAAAUUAGUCUUACUUCAACUGACAGGAUGGUUUAGCUUGGGCGCUAAAGUGAGACCCAUUUGCUUGGCUGAUUCAAAAGCAGCGCUUAAUAUAAAAAGAUUGGGUGACUUUCAGAAUUAUCAGCUCGGUGGGGCUCGGACGUUAUACGACAACAAUAAAUAUAUUUUAACGCAUAUUGCCAUUAAGAAUACGACUUUGUACAAUAUAAAUCAAUUUCUGAUGCCCAUUCAACGGAAAAUAAAAAAUACAGUCGCUUGA